UCGAAUAUAUUGUUGACGCAUGAGUCAAGAUCACCAGAUGAUGAUCGCGGACUGUUGUGCACGAGAAAAUAAAUAGAAAAUUGCACGUAUUUUUGUUCUUAUCCCUCAGAUGUUUGCUAUAGAUAACUUGCAGUAAACGCACUUGAAUAACUGCGGAACGUCUGAUUUUCUUCUGAACAUAAAACUGAACGUUACCAAUACCAAGCUAGUAGCCCUACUACUAAAAACUGGCAACGACGCAACGACGACGUAUUGAAUAUAUACUACAGGCCUUCCGCAUCGGCAGAUCGGAUUGCAUAGAUUGCUAAGACACUCAUCAUGUUCAGCUCUGGCUUCAGAUCCACAAAAUUUUCAACAUCGGCUCGCCUGUCAAUCAACAGGCUUAAGCUACUGGAGAGGAAAAAGACUGAACAGGCACAGAAAGCAAGGAAGGAGAUAGCAGAUUAUCUGUCCAUAGGCAAGGAUGAAAGGGCCAGGAUAAGGGUUGAACACAUCAUUCGUGAGGACUACUUGGUAGAAGCAAUGGAGAUUGUGGAACUGUACUUAGACCUCUUGCUUGCCCGACUGGGUCUCAUCACCUCCACCAAAGCGCUGGAUCCGGGCAUUCAGGAGGCAGUAGCCAGUGUCAUCUGGGUCACACCACGAAUGUCUGCGGAGGUUGCUGAAUUGAAAUUGGUGUCAGAACAGCUUGUCCACAAAUAUGGAAAAGAAUUUGGAGAGUCUGUCAGAAAGGGAGAGUGUGAGUUUAUCAACGAAGGGCUUAAGCACAAGCUUGGGGUGCAGGCACCGCCCAAACGCCUCGUGGAAAACUACCUGGUGGAGAUAGCCAAGAGCCACAAUGUUGCGUAUGAGCCAGAUCCCUCCAUCCUCAAUCCUCCUGACAUUGACGGGCUCCUGAUGGAUCUUGGAGAUGAAGCCCUGUCUGGAAACAAGAAGGGUGGGGGAGGCGGUGGAGGAAUCAGUGUCCAACUGCCUCCUCAGCAACAGAAUUACCCCCCUCCUGCCCAGGUGUACCCCCCUCCUGCCCAGGCCUAUCCUCCAGCAGCCCAGGGGUACCCUCCCCCAGCUAGCAACCCGGCCUACCCUCCCCCGACACAGACAUAUCCCCCAGCUGCGAGUUUAAGAAUGAAUGAUUCCCGGCCACCAUCCUACAACAAUUUGGCCUCAUCCCAUGGGCCCCCUUCCCGGCCUAAUGCACCCCCUGUUGGUCCUGCUACUCCGAGGAGUAACACCACACCUCAAAAAGCGCAUAGCCCCGCACCGCCUUACUCGGAGAAUGACCCUAUGUACCCUCCUAAUGUUCAGCAAUCUAACCACGGACCUCCAGCAGCCACGGCAGAGCCAGCUAUGCCUGUUCUGCCUCAAGUUCCUACUACCAGCUUCCCUCCCCUGGACAACAGUGUGGGUGGCAACUCGGGUGGUGGAGAGGAUGUUGACUUUGACGACCUGAGUCGCAGAUUUGAAGAAUUAAAGAAAAAGAAGUAAAUGUACAGAAAUGAUGCCAAUAUUUCAGUAACUAUUGCUUAAUGUGUUGCCCAGAUGACAGCUCUUUGUAUAAUUCUUCGAAACUGUAGUCAGAUUGUGUUGGAGCAAUUUGUACACUAAUAACUUGAAGGUCAGAAGUUUUAGCAUAAAAGCAGGAAAUUCUUAUUACAUGUAAUCAGUGUCAUUUCUUAGCUCUGUUGUGCACUUGACAAAAUCAGAGUUUGAUGCUUAUUGAGUGUAGUCAUAGGGCUAUCUCCAUAACUGUUUGAUGCCACUGCCCUGGGCUAAGAUGGCAGUCAAGGUUGCCUUCAGUGUAUAUAGUUAUUUUACACAUUGUGGUUAUAAAAAAAAUGCAGUGGGGGUGGAGUCUGCCCUUCCCCCCUUAUCGUUCCAAUAUCACCGCAGUGCAUUUGUUUGAUGAGCAAAGACUUUAGGAUUUUGUUGACACCAGUGUUGUGAAAAGAGAACAUACCGUUCUUGCACAGCACCUGAGUUUGUUUCUGCAUUCAAUUGGGGACCCUGAAAAAUAGAGGACAAUAAGGUCCCUGAUUGACAGAGGGUCCCCG